AUGUCAGGUCGCGGCAAAGGCGGGAAGGGCCUGGGCAAGGGGGGCGCCAAGCGCCACCGCAAGGUGCUGCGCGACAACAUCCAGGGCAUCACGAAGCCCGCCAUCCGGCGGCUGGCCCGGCGCGGCGGCGUCAAGCGCAUCUCCGGCCUCAUCUACGAGGAGACCCGCGGGGUGCUCAAGGUGUUCCUGGAGAACGUGAUCCGGGACGCCGUCACCUACACGGAGCACGCCAAGCGCAAGACGGUCACGGCCAUGGACGUGGUGUACGCGCUCAAGCGCCAGGGCCGCACCCUCUACGGCUUCGGGGGCUAAAG